GAACCGCGUAUAUGAUUCUUCAAAUACAACCAAUAAGACACCACCACGUAUCACCUCAUUACCUCUAUAUAAUGACCACGCUCAGGUCUAUAAACUACCAAUACUAACCAAAGCAGUUUAUAGUUUUAUAUUGACUACUGAGAGAGUGAGUUAUUAUUAUUAGGCUCUAAUCUAUUCCUACAGUUUCUGCGUAUAAUUUUCUCGAGAAUAAUCCCAAGAAAGUGACAGAAAAUGCCGAGCGAGGGCACACUUACCUGCAUAGACAUCCUUUUGGCCAUCAUCUUGCCACCUCUUGGUGUCUUCCUUAAGUUUGGAUGCCAGGUCGAAUUCUGGAUCUGUUUGGUGCUGACUUUGUUUGGAUAUCUUCCUGGGAUUAUCUAUGCCAUUUAUGCAAUCACCAAGUGAAACUCAUUUUAGAGUUUCAUCGACUACUUUGAAGACCAUGUUUGUCUGGUCGUUAUUGUUUAUGGGUUUAUUUUAAACCGUUGGAUGGACAGUACUUGUAAAGUAAUGAACAAUUGAUUCUUCAUCUAGAGUGAAUGUGUCAGUAUCAGAUAUUGUGCUUCUUCAGUUUAUUUUUAUUCAUUUUUUUUCUUCUCUAUGUUUAUUUGCUGUAAGGUUUGGUUGUUGGCUCUACCACAAGGGCUUUUGAUAAUGGGGUCUAUGGUCAUUGUCAAAUUAGGAUUUUUAUUUAAUAUUAAAAUGUAAUUGUUUUGUUAUCCAUAUUAAUUUGUCUUUGGAGGAAAUAUAUCAUCGUUUUUCGUAA